UCAGCUGUGUUUAGUCCUCUCUCAGCAGUUGAUGAGAGAAGGAGGCGCAGUGUCAGGAUCUCUCGAUAUUCUGGGCAAAAUAAAAAUCACCGUUGGACAGCAAGUUGGAUUGCCAGAUAAACCGGGAAGAUUACAUUUUCUGGAUCGGGAAAGAAAAAAGAUUUAACAUCACAUUCAGCCGUACGUUAACGUUAUACUGGAAUAAACCAUGUUAAGUCAACGGUUUCCCUCCUGUUCAGGUGAUUUAAGGUGCAGUCCGUGAACUUUGCUGCCUUGGCUACCUAGACCAUCCGUGGUAUGGCCCCAGCCCUGACUAAAAUCCUGAAAGAUGGCCAUGGGAUCCACCUGUCCUCGCCUCCUGCCUCUGUCAGAAUGGACUCCGAUGGGAGAGCCGUGUGUAGUACUGAGCUGGAGUCUCAGAUGAGGUCAACAGAUGAUGGUGACAUCCAGACGAUGUGGCUGAACCUUUCCCUGUUUCCCUCUCUGGACUCCUGUCUCCCCGUUAGCCCCCUGGACGCCCCUGCCAACCCUGUGCUUUCCCCAUGUCUGCAGGCGUCUGCCAGCCAGUUUGAGACGCUGCUCUUCCCCAGCCCUGCUUCCCUCCUCAGCCUCCUUUCCUUCAAUAAAGGCCUGAGAGAUUCUCAUCAGGUGGCCUGCGUCUUCCCAGGUGUACCAGACAUGUUUUUAGUCCCUGAGCACAAUAGCCAAGAGGCUUGUCUGCUGCAUGGAUGCAAUGCUACUCCUGAAUGUGGGACAGAUGGUGGUGAUGUGUAUCACUCCUCUCAUAUCCUUAGCAGUGUUCCUCCUUCAUAUUCCUACGGGGAGAUAAACUCCCUGGGCUGCACUCCCUUCUUUGCACCCCCACCUACACAGACACAGGGGAAAGUGGCUGGAAUGGGCUGUCCUCCAUCUUCAGUGCAGCCUUGCAGUGGCAGGGUGAACUCUAACCAGCUGGCAUUCAGAGCUGUGCUGGAUGCGGCUGUGAAGGAGCAGCUCUCCAGGCAGACAGGGCUGCAGAGCCGGGCUCAGAGGCUGCAGAGGAGACUACAAGCCCUACUAGGAGAACACGCUUUGCUACACUGCAACCAUCAGCUGGAGGGACUGGAAAGGCACUGUCAAAUUGGUGGUGUGUCUCUGGACAGCCUGGACUCCAUACAUUCUCGUAUGCCACCUCGGCAAGUGGGAGGUAAUUGUUCUUGGCUAGAGUCGUCCACAGACUCGUCUGCCUUCACAGAGCUCAGAGAGUUCAACCGCUCCAGCCAGGCGGUGCUGAGAGGCCUGCAGGAGGCUUUGGACUCUGAGGCCACGGCCAGCAGCAGCUCAGAGGAGGAGCAAGAGGAGGCAAAGAUCCACAGCAAAACCAAGACUUCACCUGUCAGCAGCAGCAGCAGCAGCAGCAGCAGUAGCUGUGAGAGGCGGUGGCUGGAAGAGAGAGCGGAGCUGGGCAGCAGAUGGAGUUGGUUGAAGCUGCGUCUGGCCGAGCUGGAGGGGAGGACACAACAACUGUCGGAGCUCCACGAGCACAUCCGCUCCACCAAGGGCGGUGUGGUGCUUGCAAAGUCCCAGCCACUGACAGACAGACAGAUUCAGCAGACCCUGCUGAGAGAAAUGGAAGGGCUAUCCUGCACAGCCUCAGAUGCGGACACUGAACCUUGCAGCCCCACACGCCUUCUGCACAACAUAGAGAGACAGAGUGCUCAGCUCAGCCAGAUUGUCAACAGUCUGAUGCUUCCUCUGAACUUUUCACCGCCAUCUAAACAACCACAACCACACACCUGGAAAGGCAAGAGAGCCUUCACAAGUGGUCAGAAAGGAGACUGUGUUUUUGUGCCUGGGAGCUCUAAGAGAAGGAGACUGGGUACCAGGAGGCUCUUCAAAGCUGAUGUGUCAUGCGUGUGUGCCCGGACCCGACCCCUGGUCACCUACCACAAGCCUAAACUGUUCACUUUCAACACCUGCAACCCCAGCAGUUCACAGGACUCUGGGAAGUCCACAUCCACCCUAUCCUCUUCUUGCUCAGCAUCUUCCUGUUCAUGUUGUUCAUCCUGUGAUCCUGUAGUCCUGUGCCCUGAUCCAGACUGCAGCUCCAGUAGGGCCCUGUCCUCCAGGACCCCCGGCUCCACACCGCAUCCUGUGUUGUCUUUUUCAUUUGACACUCUGUCCCACCACUUAAACAGGGUCCUGCCCAGAGAAGAAUGGUCCCAAAGGCCUUUGGUUUUAAAUGUCCAACCAUCCAGUCUAACACACGGCAGACACAGCUCCACACCACUGCACAACAGUAAGAUCCUGCCCUUUACCAGGACUGAGGGGCAGAUUGGAAUGAAAGGAAAUGGUAAGAAUCUGCUCAGGGCAAGGCAGGCUCUGCAGCCAAUGGAGGAGGGAAUCGGAGGAAGGAAGAUGACACACAUCCACAGGCUGAUAGAAGAUGAGGAAGAUAUCCUGUACCAGCUCUGUGACAGUUCAGAUGAAGUGCUCGAGGAAGGCUUUACACAGGUUUCACGCAAACAUGCCUCACAGGGCUUUGUUCGCAAACGCCAGGGAGAGAGUAAGUACAACAUCAACAACAUUGUCAUCCCCAUGUCUCUGGCUAAAGUGGAAAAACCGCAGUACAAAGACAUCCUCACACCCAGUUGGCGGGUGGUUGACACCUCAUCUCUGAUGAACAGUGAGGCAGAGAAGGAGGAGGGCAAUGAGGAGGGGCAGGUGGAGGAUCUCACAAACGAAGUUUUUUCCCUGAGACACCUGGACUUAGAGCAGAGAGAGAAAUUGCGUUGGCCAUCAUGGGGAAAAAGAAAAUGCUGCAGGCUUCCUAAAAGAUCUGGCAGCAGGUUGUCAGGCAGUGGGGGUGGGAUGUGCACAUCAGGAGAGGAGAGCUCUGUGGAGUUGAGUUGUGCUCAGCUGGAUACUGACGAGCAGCAAAGCUCAGAGGAGUGGCUGCAGCCUCAGACACCCUGGGACCCACGAGUAUUUCCUUUGGGUGAGGACGAGGAAGACGCCCUGCUCUCUGAUAACCUAGAACAAGUCCCAUUAGGGUGGUUAGAGUGUAGCUCUGCCUCCUCCACAUCAAAGAACUCCAACUCCCAUCUCUCCCCAGCUCAGUCCUCUGGUGCUACACUCCCGUCUGGUGGACAAAGCCAGAGCUGCACACCCAAUGGCAGCUGAGAGAGCAGUGCCUUACUUUUACAUAACUCCACAUGCCUGGGACAAGGAGGAGAAAAUGUGCCAUGGGAACCUUAAAUGGGAUACUUAAUACAUUCCAGAACAGUAAUUUGAUGUUAUUUACAUAAUACUUUAAAAAAAAAAAAGUUUUGUAAGUAUAUUUUGUGAGUAUUGUAGCAUGUCA